UAAGCCCGCGCAUUGUUCCGCCGGAAAAGAACUGAACAACCCAACUAGCUCCUCCUCCUCCUCCUUCCUUCCUUCCUUCCUUCUGUCUGCUCCUCAGCUUAGGGCACUUUUUGAGCAACCUGCUUUUUCCCUCAAAACCACCCAAUUCCUCUCUAUACCUGGGUUAUUUUCCCUCCCUUUCUUUCUGUUUCUCACCCACCAAACAACGAACCCUAGAACAUCCUUCUACCCUCUCCCACCUUUCUUCCUUUAAUUUUACUACUGUGCAUAUUUACGUGCUCAGAGAGAAUAAAGCAACUGCACACACUUGGGAAGCAAGGAAGACCAUUUGGGAAAUUCAGGAGAGCAAGAAGGAGCUUAGUUCCUGAAAGUCAGGCACAAAAGCAGGAGCUGAGGCCGAGGCUCUGAGACCUACUCAGUCUUUGCCUUUGAAAGCAUUUCUGCAAACUGCAAAAAGCUUAAACGGAGGCCCCUGACUUGGACGGUGAUAUAUCGGAGCGCUAAAAAAAGUUCUCUUAUCUGUCUACAGAGUACUCUCUGAAUCAUCGUCAUCAAUGCAAAGGACAUAGCAACCCUACCCUGCGCUAGCUCUAAUCACACAUUCCCUCUCUCUCUCCCCAUAUAAUUUCUGUGAAUAUUUCUCUCUCUACCUCUAUAGAAGUGUAGGGAACAGAAGGGAAAUAAGGUUCAAGCUCGAGCUUUUGUGUGGAAAAGGCAUGAUUGUGGUAUGGAGGAGGAUGCGAUUCAAGCACAAGCGUGUAAAUUCGCUAGAGUCGGAAAUGGCAGAAACGACUUCAACAGGAUAGGUUCUAGAGGGAGCGAGCAAUGGCCAGACGGCGAAGAAGACGGAGAGCUGUUGAGAAGAGGGGGAGUUGGCGACGUCAGCUCGAAUCGGUUCCAUAGCUGGCACCACCAUUCUUCAAGAAUCAUUAGGGUUUCUCGAGCAUCUGGAGGGAAAGACCGGCACAGCAAGGUCAUGACUUCAAAGGGUUUAAGAGACCGAAGGGUCAGGCUCUCGGUCACCACAGCAAUCCAGUUCUAUGAUCUUCAAGAUCGGCUUGGCUAUGACCAACCCAGUAAAGCUGUGGAGUGGCUGAUCAAAGCAGCUGGUGACGCCAUUUCUGAGCUUCCGUCUCUGAACAACACAUUCCCUGAUAGCCCAAAGCGGCCAAGCGAUGAGAAAAGAGGGGGUGUCGGAACAGUACAAGGGUUUGAUGCAGCUCAUGCUGAGGUAGGUGGUGAGGGUGAUUAUCAUCAGACUCAAAGUCAGAACCUUUCUUUGUCUAAGUCUGCCUGUAGCAGCACUUCCGAGACAAGCAAAGGCUCCGGCUUGUCCCUCUCAAGGUCUGAGAUUCGAGUAAACCGUGUGAAAGCCCGAGAGAGGGCAAGAGAGAGAGCAGCAAAAGAGAAGGAGAAAGAGAACACUGCCCAUCCCCACAAUAAUGUGAAUAACCCCAUUUCUCAAACUGCUUCUUUCACCGAGCUUCUCACGGGGGGGAUUACUAGUACGGUUCCUUCCACCACGAGUCCCACCGGUGAUGAUCAUCAUGAGACUAAUUUGUUCAACAAGGCAGCGAGACAGCAAUGGUGUACAACACCCAUGGACUACUUCAACUCAGGCCUUGUGGGGAAUCCCUCUAUUAGAACUCAUAAUCAAUCUUCAGGGUUUUCAGGACAAAUCCAAUUGGCAAACUCUUCCCUUCCCCUUCAGGCACUGUCUGUUUCUCCAUUCAGUGUGGGGGGCGAAAAUCACUCAGAUCAGCUGCAGCAUUUCUCAUUCAUGCCUACUGACCAUCUCAUACCUGGCGGAAGCAGUGACUACAACUUCAACUUCACCAUCUCUUCUUCUGCAGGCCUAGCUGGUUUCAACAGGGGGACCCUUCAGUCCAAUUCACCGUCUGUUUUGCCUCACCCUCUUCAGAGGUUUUCUACUCCUGUAGACGGAUCCAAUCUACCUUUCCUCAUAGGAGCUGCUGCUGCACAAACCAUGGAGAAUCACCACCACCACCAGUUCCCACCUGGAUUUGAUGGCCGUUUGCAGCUACGUUAUGGCGACGUAACCCGCCAUUCUGACCACAAGGGCAAAGGCAAGAACUGAUGUCUGCCGUCGACACACCACAUUGCCCUUGCUACAUCUUCCUGGACACCAAGGGAAAGAGUUCUAGUAGCAAGUUGUGUCUGUAAGCUUGGCCUUGGACACAUGGGAUGGUACGUUGUUUGUGAUCAAGUGUGGGUAUUUAACUUGGACCAAUUUGAAGUCAUUCAUUUUACAUUCGGUAUUUAAGUAUAUAUCGGUCUGAGCAUGCAGAUCAUUUUGUAUGUUGAUGGAAUGUUAAAAGAACAUGAUUGAACCUGUUUGCUCAUUCUUUGGGUUCUUGCAAGUUAAUUUUGGGAUUGUCUAUAUACCAUAUUGGCUUCGGAAAGGCCCGGGAAUUAGUUUGCUAAUGGAUGCUGCAAUUCGUCAGCCUUCGACACAGUAUAAACCCAAAUCCAAUCCGAUAAUCAUAAAUUUAAUGUCAUUUCUCUUCCCAAAAAAUAGUGUUAUUUAACCACACAGACUUCGACUAUAUAAUAUGUUGUAUGAGAUCAAGUAGUAAAUCCAGUUGAGAUUUGUUUUUUUCAA